AAAGCUCUUAGAACUCCAUUCUCCGGCCAUCUCUUCUUUCGAUUUUCUCCUCCUUUUCAUUUGGCCAUUAUUGCGGUUUUUUUCAUUGGGAACUGCAAUUUCUCUCCAUUCAAUGAAUCACUACACUAGCAUCUCCAUCUCCCUAUAUCUCUCUGUGAUUUGUUGAGAGAGAAACAGAGAUUCCUGCGUUAGCUGCGGUGCUUAUAAGAGUUCGUUCAUGCUCUCCAUCACUCCUUCAUCGUCUUUCAGGGUUCCCAGCUUUUCUGCAAUCUAAACCAUUCAUUCCUAAACCCUUAUCCCUGCCGUGACCAAAAAUGGGCGACAAAUCCAUCACUCUCGAACAGAUCAAGAAUGAGACUGUUGACCUGGAAAAAAUCCCGAUUGAGGAAGUGUUUGAACAGCUGAAAUGUAGUCGGGAGGGACUGACAUCAGAUGAGGGUGCCAACAGGCUUCAGAUAUUUGGUCCCAACAAGUUAGAAGAGAAAAAGGAAAGCAAGUUACUGAAGUUCCUUGGGUUUAUGUGGAAUCCUCUGUCAUGGGUUAUGGAAGCUGCUGCCAUCAUGGCAAUUGCACUGGCUAAUGGAGAGGGGAAGCCCCCAGAUUGGCAGGACUUUGUUGGUAUUGUUUGCUUGCUUGUCAUCAACUCCACUAUCAGUUUCAUUGAAGAAAACAAUGCCGGAAAUGCUGCUGCAGCUCUUAUGGCUGGACUUGCACCUAAGACAAAGGUGCUUAGGGAUGGUCGUUGGAGUGAACAGGAGGCUGCAAUUCUUGUUCCUGGAGAUAUUGUUAGUAUCAAGUUGGGAGAUAUCAUUCCAGCUGAUGCUCGUCUUCUUGAAGGUGAUCCGUUAAAGGUUGAUCAGUCUGCUCUUACUGGAGAGUCUCUCCCUGUGACCAAGAGUCCCGGGGAUGAAGUUUUCUCUGGUUCAACAUGCAAACAAGGAGAGAUUGAAGCUGUUGUUAUUGCCACUGGGGUUCAUACUUUCUUUGGAAAGGCAGCACAUCUUGUUGACAGCACCAAUCAAGUUGGCCACUUUCAGAAAGUACUCACUGCCAUCGGAAACUUCUGUAUCUGUUCAAUUGCAGUUGGUAUGGCUGCUGAGAUAAUUGUCAUGUAUCCAAUUCAGCACCGAAAGUACAGGGAUGGAAUUGACAAUCUCCUUGUUCUCUUAAUUGGUGGCAUUCCUAUUGCUAUGCCCACCGUCUUGUCUGUCACAAUGGCUAUUGGAUCACACAGGCUAUCUCAGCAGGGUGCCAUCACCAAGAGAAUGACUGCAAUUGAGGAGAUGGCUGGCAUGGAUGUCCUCUGCAGUGAUAAAACCGGGACCUUGACUCUUAACAAGUUGAGUGUAGAUAAAAACUUAAUUGAAGUAUUUGCUAAAGGCGUAGACAAAGACCAUGUGCUCCUUCUUGCUGCAAGGGCUUCAAGAACUGAAAAUCAGGAUGCUAUUGAUGCUGCCAUGGUUGGGAUGCUUGCUGAUCCUAAGGAGGCACGAGCUGGCAUUAGGGAGGUCCAUUUCCUCCCCUUCAAUCCUGUGGACAAGAGGACUGCCCUCACUUAUAUUGAUGCUCAAGGCAAUUGGCAUCGUGUGAGUAAAGGUGCUCCAGAACAGAUUUUGGCACUCUGCAAUGCCCGGGAAGACCUCAAGAGAAAGGUUCAUUCUGUGAUUGAUAAGUAUGCUGAACGCGGACUUAGAUCGUUGGCUGUGGCUAGACAGGAAGUGCCUGAGAAAACAAAAGAGAGUCCUGGUACCCCAUGGCAAUUCGUUGGACUGUUGCCCCUCUUUGAUCCUCCCAGACAUGAUAGUGCUGAAACUAUUCGCAGGGCCUUGAACCUUGGUGUGAAUGUUAAAAUGAUUACUGGUGAUCAACUUGCAAUUGGUAAGGAGACUGGCCGUAGACUUGGAAUGGGAACAAACAUGUACCCUUCCGCUUCUUUACUUGGCCAAGACAAAGAUGCAUCUAUUGCCGCCCUUCCAGUAGAGGAAUUGAUUGAAAAGGCUGAUGGUUUUGCCGGAGUUUUUCCAGAGCACAAAUAUGAAAUAGUGAAGAAAUUGCAGGAGAGGAAGCACAUUGUUGGAAUGACUGGAGAUGGUGUGAAUGAUGCUCCUGCUCUAAAGAAGGCAGAUAUUGGAAUUGCGGUUGCUGAUGCUACCGAUGCUGCAAGAAGUGCUUCUGAUAUUGUGCUCACUGAACCCGGGUUAAGUGUUAUUAUCAGUGCUGUCUUAACUAGCAGGGCAAUUUUCCAGAGGAUGAAGAACUACACUAUCUAUGCUGUUUCCAUCACAAUACGUAUUGUGUUUGGUUUUAUGCUUAUUGCUUUGAUAUGGAAAUACGACUUCUCUGCUUUUAUGGUCCUGAUCAUAGCAAUCCUGAACGAUGGAACCAUCAUGACUAUCUCGAAGGAUAGAGUAAAAGCAUCGCCAAUGCCAGAUAGCUGGAAGCUGAAUGAGAUUUUUGCCACCGGCGUUGUUCUUGGAGGUUAUUUGGCAAUGAUGACAGUCAUCUUCUUCUGGGCUAUGCACGAUACCGACUUCUUCUCUGAUAAAUUUGGGGUGAGAUCACUGAGGAACAGUGAUGACGAAAUGAUGGCUGCGCUAUACCUCCAAGUCAGUAUUGUGAGCCAGGCUCUGAUCUUUGUCACCAGAUCUCGCGGCUGGUCUUUCCUUGAACGCCCCGGACUUCUUCUGGUUACUGCAUUUUUUAUUGCACAACUGGUUGCAACCUUGAUAGCUGUUUAUGCGGACUGGGGUUUUGCCAGGAUUAAGGGAUGUGGUUGGGGGUGGGCCGGCGUGGUAUGGCUUUACAGCGUAGUUUUCUACGUGCCGCUUGACCUCAUGAAGUUUGCCAUUCGUUACAUCUUAAGCGGAAAGGCCUGGCUUAACUUGCUGGAGAACAAGACUGCCUUCACCACAAAGAAGGACUACGGAAAAGAGGAGAGGGAAGCGCAAUGGGCUCACGCUCAGAGGACUCUACACGGUCUUCAACCCCCAGAAGCUUCUAAUCUCUUCAGCGAAAAGAAUAGCUACAGGGAGCUUUCAGAAAUCGCAGAACAGGCAAAGAGGAGAGCUGAGGUGGCUAGGCUGCGUGAGCUGCAUACACUGAAGGGUCACGUUGAGUCAGUGGUGAAGCUGAAAGGGUUGGACAUUGAAACUAUCCAGCAGCAUUAUACUCUUUAAGCCAGCUUUUAGUUAUUACAUAAUUGGCCACACCAGCUUGCAUUAUAGCAAACAUGGAAUCAGAUUAUUGUUAACUCCAGACCACAUUACAAACAUGGCCUUUCUAGUAGUUAACAAAUGUGUAAUUUGUCUUACAUAUAAAAUGCAGCAAGCUAAGAGCUGUGAGCUCUCAUCCUAUGUAUUUUACUUGGAUUUCUAAUGAAUUUCUUUCCAAUAUUCAAUGCCAA